AUGGGUCACGACUGGUCCUACGCCUUAACGGCAGUAUUCUUAGAAGGUAUCAUCUUUAUAGUGAUGAGCUUAUUCAACAUUCGUGAAGCAAUAUUUACUUCAAUACCAAUGUCACUUAAGAAUGCAGUGUCUGUUGGUAUAGGCUUAUUUAUAACCCUAGUUGGACUUAUUUCAGCAGGAGUUAUUGUUAAUAAUGACGCAACUCUAAUUUCUCUUGGAGAAAUUGCAUCGAGGCCAUCUCUUGUUUUUAUAGUAUCACUUUUGGUCAUGGCAUUUUUGACAGCAAAAAAUGUCAAGGGAGCACUUUUAUAUGGAAUUAUAACAGGAACUGUGCUUGCUCUUAUCUUGGGAGUUAGCCACUUACCUGGAGGAAUGUUAUUCUCACUUCCACCAUCACUUAGCCCUGUUGCCUUUAAACUUCACUGGGGAGACAUCUUCACAUUUGAUAUGUUCUCUGUAAUGUUUACUUUCUUAUUCGUAGACUUAUUUGAUACAGUGGGAACUCUUACUGGAGUUGCAACUAAGGCAGACCUAAUUGAUGAAGAUGGGAACCUACCGGGAGUUGGUCGUGCACUUUUAUCUGAUGCCAUUGGAACAGUUGUUGGUGCCCUACUAGGUACUUCUACUGUUACAACUUUUGUUGAAUCAGCAUCAGGUGUUGCAGACGGAGGAAGAACUGGACUUACAACCUUAUCUUGUGCCUUCUUCUUCUUUAUAUCCCUAUUUUUAUUCCCUAUUUUUUCAAUUGUGCCAGCACAAGCAACAUCAGCUGCUCUUGUAAUGGUAGGACUUUUUAUGAUCAGUCCAAUUAAUCAAAUAAAAUUAGAUGACUACACAGAAUCAGUUCCAGCCUUUUUGACAAUGGUUACAAUGCCUUUUGCUUAUUCAAUUGCAGAAGGUAUUUCUGUGGGGAUGAUCUCUUAUGUAAUCUUAAAAGUAGCAACAGGACGUGGAAAAGAAGUUUCACCUGUUAUGUAUUUAUUGGCGCUUAUCUUUACACUAAGAUACCUAAGACCAAUCUUACCUUUAUAA